CUAAAAAGUAGCCGAAUGCUGAAUUUGUAAAUUUGUUCAUGGUUUGGGAUUCUGAAAAAGUAGAACGCUGCUGACCGAGCCAUGUCGGGUUCUAUUGAAAUCCCUUUAAGGGAUACAGACGAGGUGAUAGAAUUAGAUUUGGAUCAACUACCUGAAGGAGAAGAAGUCCUCAGUAUUUUAAGACAGGAAGUUGCUCCAUUACAUCUCUGGGUUACUUUAGCUUUGGAAUACUAUAAGCAAGGCUAUGUGGAAGACUUUGUCAAGAUUCUGGAUGCUUCCCGUACUGAUGCAGGACUGGACUAUCCUAACUUUGAGAAGGACCAGAUGCGAGCACUGGAUACCUUGGCAGCUUAUUAUGUACAGAAAGCUCAUAAGGAGAAAAAUAAAGACAAGAAGAGGGACCUAUUUACACAGGCAACACUUCUAUAUACAACUGCUGACAAAAUCAUAAUGUACGACCAGAACCACUUGUUAGGCAGAGCCUAUUUCUGUUUGUUAGAAGGAGACAAGAUGGACCAGGCUGAUGCCCAGUUUAAUUUCGUGUUGGGACAGGCUAACAACAUCCCAUCACUCCUAGGUAAAGCCUGCAUUGCCUUUAAUAAGAAGGAUUAUAGAGGAGCCCUAGCCUACUAUAAGAAAGCCUUAAGGACAAAUCCUAGUUGUCCUGCAUCAGUCAGAUUAGGAAUGGGACAUUGUUUUGUUAAACUUCAGAAAAUAGAAAGAGCCAGGUUAGCUUUUGAAAGAGCUCUGCAGUUAGAUGCAUCAUGUGUAGGAGCCUUAGUGGGACUGGCAAUUCUAGAACUGAAUACCAAAACACAAGAUUCAAUCAAGAAUGGAGUACAACUUCUGUCUAAAGCUUAUACCAUUGAUUCUGCUAACCCUAUGGUCCUAAAUCAUCUUGCAAAUCAUUUCUUUUAUAAAAAGGAUUAUCAAAAAGUACAACAUUUGGCUUUACAUGCUUUCCAUAAUACAGAGAAUGAAGGAAUGAGAGCUGAGAGCUGUUAUCAAUUAGCUAGAUCAUUUCAUGUUCAGAAUGACUUUGACCAAGCUUUCCAGUAUUAUUACCAGUCUACCCAGUUUGCCCCUAUCAAUUUUGUUUUACCAUUCUUUGGGUUAGGACAGAUGUAUAUCAACAGAGGAGACAAUGAAAAUGCUUCACAAUGUUUUGAGAAAGUAUUAAAAGCUCAACCAGGAAACUAUGAGACAAUGAAAAUUUUAGGUUCUUUAUAUGCCAACUCAUUUGAUUUGACUAAAAGAGAUACAGCUAAGCACCAUUUAAAGAAAGUAUCAGAACAGUUCCCUGAUGAUGUGGAGGCUUGGAUAGAACUGGCUCAAAUUCUUGAACAGAAUGAUGUACAGGGAGCUUUAUCAGCCUAUGGUAAAGCCACUACUAUACUGAAAGAGAAGAUUGAGGCUGAUGUUCCUCCAGAAAUACUUAACAAUGUAGCAGCCCUUCACUUCAGGCUAGGAAACCUUCAAGAAGCUAAGAGAUUUUAUGAGUCGUCUUUGGAAAGAUCUAGAGGUGAAGCCCAGCAUGACGAAACAUACUACAGUGCUAUCUCUGUGACAACGACCUAUAACCUUGCUGUUUUGUAUGAGGCUACACAUGAGUAUGAUGAUGCAGAAAGAUUAUACAAGAGUAUUCUUAGAGAACAUCCUAAUUAUGUAGACUGUUAUCUACGAUUGGGAUGUAUGGCCAGAGAUAGAGGACAGAUUUAUGAAGCUUCUGAUUGGUUUAAAGAAGCUCUCCAGAUUAAUCAGGAUCAUCCAGAUGCUUGGUCUUUGAUUGGCAAUCUCCAUUUAGCUAAGCAGGAGUGGGGACCAGGACAGAAGAAAUUUGAGAGAAUUAUUGGUCGACCACAAACCAAAGAUGAUGCAUAUUCAUUGAUUGCAUUGGGUAAUGUUUGGUUACAGACACUACAUCAACCAAUGAGAGACAAGGAUAAGGAAAAAAGACAUCAAGAUCGUGCACUGGCUAUGUACAAACAAGUACUGAGAAAUGAUGACAGAAAUAUAUGGGCUGCUAAUGGCAUCGGAUGUGUACUGGCUCAUAAAGGUUGUAUCAAUGAAGCAAGAGAUAUAUUUGCCCAAGUAAGGGAGGCAACAGCUGAUUUUUGUGACGUAUGGCUAAAUAUAGCACAUAUCUAUGUAGAACAGAAACAAUAUGUGGCUGCUGUUCAGAUGUACGAGAACUGUUUGAAGAAGUUUUUCAAGUACAAUAAUGUUGAAGUGAUGGUGUAUUUAGCUCGGGCGUACUUUAAAUGUGGUCGAUUGAAGGAGUGCAAGAACAUUCUAUUAAAGGCUCGACAUGUUGUUCCCAGUGACACAGUACUUCUAUAUAACGUAGCUUUAGUUCAGCAGAAAUUAGCCACAUCUAUUCUGAAGGAUGAGAAGAGUAACUUAAAGACUGUACUAAGUGCUGUCAGAGACUUGGAACUUGCUCAUAAGUAUUUUAGUCAUUUGAGUACCUAUGGUGACAGAAUGAAAUUUGAUUUGGCACAAGCUGCGGCAGAGGCAAGGCAGUGUUCUGAUUUGUUGAGUCAGGCUCAGUAUCAUGUGGCACGAGCACGUAAAAUUGAUGAAGCUGACCAAGAGAGACGACAGAAACAAGAGGAAGACAGAAAUGCAAUCAGACAGAAAGUUCAAGAACAACAGAUGGAGAAACAGAGAAUUAAAUCUGAAAUGGAGGCUAAGAUGAUGGAACAGAGAGCUAAAUAUGUGGCCAAGGCUAAAGCUAUAGCAUUAGAACCAGAGAUGGAAGAUAAACCACGGAAAUCAGGAGGGGGAAAGAGGGGUAAGAAGGCUGAUGAUGAUGACUUUGUUUCUGAUGGAAGUGGAGACGAUGCUCCAAGGAGAAAGAAGAAACGUCACGGCUCAGAUGACGAAAGAUCAAAGAAACGCAAGAAGAGGAGGGGAAAGAGGGAUGAUGGCGACAGUGAUGAGGAUACUGGACAAGGCAGGAAGGAACGUAAAGGAAGGAAGAGGAAGGAUGGAAAGAAUAGGAACCCAGAAACUGAUGAAGGAUUGUCUGCUAAACAACGUAAAAAGGUCGUAUCCAAGGCAAUGAUCUCCUCUAGUGAAGGCUCAGAUUCAGAAGGAGCCAAGAAACUUAGAAUUGAUGAGGAAAGUGGUAGUGAUGAUGGACAUGUUGGUAAAAGACGAAGAAUAAUGUCAGAAAGUUCUAGUGGUGGUGGAAAAUCUGGAUCAGAUAGAUCAAAGUCACGUAGUCGAUCUAGAUCAGGUAGUAGGUCAAGGUCAAGAUCCAAAAGUGGAUCACGUUCAAGAUCAGGAAGUAGAUCGAAAUCAAGGAGUAGAUCUAGAUCCAGAUCUGGAAGUCGUAAAUCAGGUUCUAAAAGUCGAUCACGGUCAAGAUCAAAGUCUAGAAGCAGAUCAAGAUCAAAGUCUGGAAGCAGAUCAAGGUCUAGAUCUGGAAGUCGAUCAAGAUCUAGGUCAAGGUCAAAAAGUAUCUCUCCUGCACGCUCAGGAAGUGGAUCACCUGCUCGUCGUUCAGGAAGUGGAUCUCCAGCUCGUUCAGGUAGUGGUUCACCAAGGUCAAGAAGUGUGUCACCAGCUCGAUCAGGAAGUGGAUCACCAGCAAGGAGUGGCGGUGCACGCAGUCCUGGAGGUUCCCCAGGGGAGGAUAGUGACUAAAACAGUCUCAUUGGACAGAAUUAGGAAGAAAAGUGUGUUCAUGUACAUUGUCUUAUAAAUUCAAUACAUAUUUAUGUUGAUAAAAAUAUGAUAUUUUCUAGUUGAACUGAUUUACAUUCUUUAAGAUGAUAAAAUAAAAAGAAGAAUUAAUUUAGUAACAUGAAAACAUAUAACAUCAUACUUUCAAUAUCAAAUACUAAAGUUCAAAAACAUUUUGUAGAAUGUUCAAAUUGAAAUAUUUUUUUAUUGGAAUGAUAGGAAAAUACCUGUUGAAAGGUGUACUACAUAAUGAACUGUGUGUAUGAUACUUUGCUGAGUUUAUAUACUACAGAACUGUUUGUAAUAAAGUUGACAGAUUCAUUUAGAGAAAAAUUGAGUUGAUAACAAUGAAAUGAUUAAUAAGAUCAAGUAAGAAUAUUUGAUACAAUACCGUACAUUUGAUGUGUUUUGUAAAUUUAUAAUUCAAUUUGUUUAUGUUUAUUGAAUGUACUUGUCACUUACUAAUUGUUUUGAAGGAAACCUAAAACAAACCAUUUCAUACAAUUUGAAUACUGGUAACAUAUGUUGAUGUUAUCAAAUCCCCAUGUCCAUUCCCAAAAUACAAGGAAUUGAAAUGGAUCUGAUUUAAUGACAUUGUCAUUGUAAUUCUUUACGAAGAGGACUCUCAUUAUUUGUUUAUUUUAACGAUAGAUUUUGCCAAGACAUCAUUAAUGUUUUCAUUUGGAUUUAGGCAGCUAGCUAAAUAUGAUGCUUCAUUGAAAUUUUUAUGGAUUUUUAUUUUCACCUGGUCAAUCAUUAAAUUGUAACAGCUGAUAUUGAAUAGAUUGAAUGAUAUUUGCCUAUAAUUUUGGUUUUCCCAUAAAAAUGUUCAUUAAAGUAAAGAAGUUAUAUUUCCUGUACUGGUAAUUUUGUACAUGAUGAUAUGCAGUGAAGUUAUACUUCAGUCACAAAACAGUUUUGUAUUAUAUUCCUUACAAUAAUGUAGUUAAAUCUGACAUGUAAAAUAUUUUUUUAUGAUAUUGAUGUUGAGAUUUUUCAGUUCCAGAUGAAAUAAUUUCCUUUUGGUUAUGGAUCAAAGCUUUCACUGUUAUGUGCUUGACAUUGUCAAAAAGUAAAAGAUUGUUCAUACAGUAUAUCAUUACAAAGAAUCAUUGCAACAUUACAAAUAAAC